ACCAGAACACUGCACAAAACUUUGUCAAACAAAAUCGGAUUAUCAUUUGUAGUAUUAAAAUCUGGUUCAUUUUACAUUGUUAAUAAGUUCACUGGCACUUUCAAUAAUGUUGUUGAAAAUUGUUUUAUUAAGUUUAAUUUGUGGUUUAAGCGCUGAAAAGUUUCGAUACGAUGGGUACGCGUUGUUCAAGAUUAUUCCUCAGGAUGUGCACCAAGUACAGUUUCUUAAGGAUUUAGAAUACAAUGAGAAAGAGUUGGAUUUCUGGAAGUCUGCGUCUAGAGUGGGGGAAUAUGUGAGUGUUGUGGCUCCUCCUGAGAAGAAGGACGAACUAAUAGAGUCGUUGACGCAAAUUAAUAUUCAUUAUGAGGUUAUGAUGGAUAGUAUUCAAGAAGCCAUUGAUGCUCAAGUAAACAGCAGAAAGAAACGCAGUCCUCGUGUGAUUCGUGAGCCCGUCAUGCACUUCGAAGGCUAUCACACUCUGGAGAAUAUCAAUAACUGGUUCCAACAUCUAGCUGAGCAGCACAGUAACAUCGUCACUUUGGUUACUGCUGGUACUUCACAUGAGGGACGAAACAUCACCGGUAUAAAAAUAGCCCGAAACUCUAACCGGCCAGCAUUCUUCCUCGAAGCUGGUCAGAUCGGAGCUGACUGGCUAUCUCCCACUGUAGUCUGUUACAUUGUGGACCAACUGGUUCGCGGCGAUAACCCUGAUGCAUUGGCUGCGUCGAGAGAUUUCGAGUGGCAUAUCUUCCCUAGUGUCAACCCUGAUGGUUUUGAGUUUUCUGAUAACAAUGUUAGAUUAUGGACUAAAAACCGAAGACCACAACACGGUAACCAGAUUGGAGUUGAUCUUACAAGAAAUUGGAACUCUCAAUGGGGAGUUCGCGGUGGAAGUUUCAGCCCAGUAGAAGCCAGCUUCAUCGGCAUCGGUCCUUUCUCCGAACCAGAAACCCGUGCUCUCUCCAGAUACAUGGAAUCUAUUGGUCACAAUCUAGCCGCAGUUUUGUCCUUCAGAGGUUUUGGGCAGAGGCUGGUUAUACCUUACGCACAUACGUCAGAGCCUUUGGACAACUACAAUGAAAUGAUUACUAUCGGACGGAGAGCAAUGGGUUCAUUAGCAGUGAAACAUGACACUCAAUAUUUAGUUGGAAAUUCCGCUGCAGUCCACGAUGGAUCAACAGGCGUGCUUGUCGACUGGGCAAAAUACAGGUUUAAGCCUCCAGUAGCAGCUACUUUCCUGCUGAGAGACAACAGCGGUUGGGGACACAUAUUACCUGUCGCACAGGUCUUGCCUUCCUGUGAGGAGACAUAUGAUGCAGUCAUAGCUAUUAUUAGAGAGGCGAAAUAUAUCAGUGUGCUUUAGACCGUUUUCACAUUAUCCGAUCCGAUAUCGGAUGUCGGAAGGAUUUCAAUAGAAAAAAUCCAAGAUGGCGCCUGUAAUGUAUGGAUUAUCGGUCCGAUAUCCGAUAUCGGAUCGGAUAAUGU